AUGGCUCCGAAACCAGCUUCGAGGCGCGAUGGACACGUCGCCACCGAGGAUUGCGGCGGAGCACGCGGGAGGGGUCGAGGUCGAGGCGGCGCGAUGCACGCCGAGCCCCGUGCCGUGGGACCUGGAGGUAGGCACGGUGCCAGACCUACGCAGCAGGCUCGGGGAAUGGGGGAGGAAAUCGGCGCUCACAGUCAUGGUCAUAAUACUUCUCAUAAUACUACUGGUGCUGCUGCUACAAGCACUAAUCACUCCAGGCCACAUACUCACGCUCCGCAUUCUAAGGCGCAUCCGAAUACACGCAGCAUUAACUCUCAUUCUAAGGACGGGGGGGCGAUGGGUGCCAGCUCGGGUGGUCCCAAGAAGCCACUGACCGUGCAAACCGGUGUUGGGUUGGCGGAACCUGCUUCCGACUUUGACCUCCCCUCCCCCACUCCGCUCGCUGCUCCGCUCGGCGCGCCAGUUUCCGCGCCUACGGCGUCCACGCUAGAAGCAGGAGGCGGGUCUGCGGAGAUUCCGCCGCAUGACCCCGGCUCGCCUACUCCGCUAGCAGCGCCUCUUGCGGCUCCGCGGAGUUCAUCUGGAGGUGCUUCCGCGGGUGCGCCCGCGCAGGCGGUCGAUCCUGGAUCCCCGACUCCGCUUGCUGCGCCGGUUGCGCGCACGCCAACUCCAAUUUCCACAGCGGCGGUAACCGAAGCUUCUCCGCAUGACCCGGGAUCCCCCACUCCACUCGCUGCGCCGGUUGCAGGCGGCGGCGGCGGCGGCGGAGUGGAUGCGCCCCCGCACGACCCGGGCUCCCCCACUCCGCUGGCUGCUCCGUUGGGGGGGAAAUCCGUGGCAGGCGGAGGCGGGGGGGGGAGCGGCGGAUCUCCACCGAAGGCAGGUCACGGUGCAGGGGAGGAAGGCGGGGAGGACGCGGAAAGUAGUGAUUCGGACGAAGAGUUUCUUUCACAGUACAAGCAGCUAACCAAGUCCAAGUCACGAGGGCGAAACGAGGGGGCAUUGCUAGUGGGAGGUAGCGCGAAUAGCGGCAGUGGAAGCGGAGCAAGCGGGGGAGGUUGCGGGGUGGGAUCGGGAGCAGGGGGGAGUGGCACAGGCGGAAGUGGGGGGGAAGCGAAGCCUGGACCAGGGGGGAUAGGGGGAAGAAGCAGGGGCGGGCCUCCCCCUGUCCCUACCGCGCAUGGUAACAAAAGCGGGGGUGGCGGGGGGGCAGCAUUGGGCGCAGGAGGGGUAGGGGGCCACUCAGCGAAAGGGGGGAUGUCAGCUGCAGCAGCAGCGGCUGUAGCGGCUGUAGCAAGCAAGCACGGCGGGCACAGCAGCCCAGUAGCAGCGGUGGGGAAAGCAGCGAUGCUGAUAGAAGAAGCUGUGAAGCCGCCAUUACUGAGGAGCAGAUCGGGAGACACGGCCCGAGCCCACCCCGCUGCUGCCGUCGCUGGCGCUGGUGGUGGCGCUUGUGCCUCCACUCUCUCUGGGUUGGGACUGGGGACUGGUGGAGGUCCGGGUGUUGGAGGCUCGGGUGGUGGAUUGGGUGGAGGCUUGGGGGGCAUGGGUUGCCACUCUCUCUCCAGUCGGCAAGCAGAGAUGCUUCACAACGCUCUAAGAGCGCCUUCUAGGUGCCACUCGGAUAAGGGCAUGCACGGGUUGGGAGGGGGGAGGGACGCGAGCGGGGGCAGCCCCCCGCUGCCUGUGGGGAAACGGGGACUGGAGGAGGGGAGGAGAGGGGGGAGCUGCAAGGAGGGGGCCGCGGUAGGGGGAGGAGAGGGCAUGGGGGUUGAUGCGGAUUUGUUUGGAUCAACGGGGGGGAAGGGCGGGGCUGUGGACGAGGAUUUAACCUUCAGUGGUUGUGGCUCUUCUGCUGCCGCUGCUGCUGCUGGUGCUGGUGCAGGUGCUGGUGGUAGUGGUGUUUCUCCUGGUGGUGUGGCAAUAGCAGCGGUGGCACACCUAAAAGCACAAGAGCACAAGUUAUCCAGAACAAGAAGCGUGGAGAGUUAUUCAAGACAAUCAGGCGGAGGAGGGGGGGCGACAGGGAGGGGGGGUGUGGGGCAUAGCAGAUUCGACGGUGGAGGGGCAGCAGGAGGGGUAGCAAAGGCAGGCGUGGUUGGGGGUCAGAAGCCUGUUUCAUCAGCAGCAGCGGCGGUUCCUGUGGCAAUAGCAGCAGGAGCUUCAACGGUGACAGCGCUAGUGGUAGAAGAUGGUGAUUCUGAUGAUGAUGAUGAUGAGGAGGAGGACGAUGAGGGGGUAGGGGUGGGGGCUGGAGUGGGGAUACAGGAAGAAGAUUUGUUUGGUGCACGCGAAGGGAGAAAUCAGUUGGUGGACGGUUCAGGAGCUGGUGUGAGGAGUGAUAAAGGAAGAGGGGUGGUGGGUAUGGGAAGGGGAAGGGACGAGGUUGCGGAAGAGAGCGCCAUGUCAGAUGAUGACGAUGACGAUUUGCAGGAGAUUUUGCAGGCUAUGCAUAGGAGGGCCUCUUGA